GCAUUGGUGAGCGUCUCUGCGCGUGUAAUCAAAAAGUGUACCUCAGCACGCGGUCCCUUGGUCUUUCGCCGUGACCGUGCGUAGCUUCCUCUUUUACACCAAGGUGACAACCUGCUCACAGACAGUGAGCAUGUGCCUGUUUGUUGACCCCACUUAUGUCCCAAUAGACAGCCUUCACUAUUUCUCGCACCUCACCGACUGCUCCACCAUUCGCUCAACUCCUCACACCCAACAUGCGCCGUGUAUUGCUCGCUUGCCUUGGGCUGCUCGCUCUUCUACCCUCAAUCAUCGCCCGUCGUAAUGGCUUUGAAUGCUCGGUCCGAUCGAACACAACUCUCGUUCCCGAUGUGGCUGCUGCACUGGUGCAGUACGGCGCCGCUAGCGAACUCGCAACUGGCUUCAAGCAGCCCUGGCCCGAAGUCGACAGGAAAGGCCGGAAGAUGCGCAUAGUCAAGUACUGUUACAGCGAGAAACACGUCAGGGAUCACCUUGACUGCCCCCGGUUCAGGGACGCCUUUGACAAAUGGAGGCAGAAGCUUGAUUCACCGGCUUUCAAGGGCACGACGAACCUUUACUGGGAGGAACUUAGCGAUGGCAACCCUGACCGCUCGAAGCGCCAGCCUAGGUAUUGCUACGAUGCAGAUAAGAACUGGGACUCUAAGAAUGUGCCCCAUGACACUCUUGCCAUUCGAAUCGAUCGAAACGCAGGCAAAUCUGCAUCCUCUACAGUCGGAUACGAUCCCACGCGGGAGAAGGACCUGUUCGGUUAUCACAUUAUGAAUAUAGGCCCUGAUGUCACGACCGCUACAAUCGCACAUGAGCUCGGCCAUGUAUUCGGUAUGGUCCACGAACACAACCGCCAUGACAGCGACGACUACGUCCACUUCGAGUGCAAGAGUCUGCCCAACUACUCCGAAACCAUCGCCCUGGCCCGAGUCGAGAAUAAACUCAACUACGCCGACGCCCACGAGAAGCUCUGCAACGACCGCGAGUUCGCCGACCGCUACAAAUUCGGCAGCUCGGACUUCGUAAAAGACCCCUUCGGCCGCAUCCACGACGAGCCCACGAUACCAUUCGACUACAAGUCCAUUAUGCUAUACGACUCCUUGCUUGCUUCCGCCCCGGCGUGCGAGCACGAUCUUUCCGUAUGCGUACUGCUGCGGUACAGUGGGGAUCCGCCUAACAAGCAGUUGCCCUUGGAAAGACUCAAGCUGAAUGAAGACCCUUCGGACGGGGACGCGAAGUUUGUUCAGAGAUGGUAUCCGGCCGCGGCGUAAGUUGGAGCGGCGGGCUGGGUGGAGUGUGGCUACAGGGCUUUGGGC